AACAGGACGAUCGACGACUACUACGGCGACUCCGCGACGCGUGCGCUGCCGGUGUACUCGGACGGCUGGAACUACGGGCCUGCGUGCCCCGGAUGCUUCGUCCAGCCCGACGUCAAGAUGACCUUCGACCAGUCCUGGCACGACACGACCGUGUCGGUGUACAGUGCUCCGGAGAACAUAUCGCUCUCGUUCACCGGCACGGCUGUCUGGGUGUACGGCGUCGUGCCGAACUACGUGCGCGCCGCGAACACGCUCGUGAACGUGACGUUCGAACUGGACGGCGCGCCCGCGGGGGCGUACACGCACGUCCCGUCGACCGCGGCGGACUACAUGUACAACGUGACGCUCUACCGCGCGACCGCGCUCGCGAACACGCCGCACACGCUCGUGAUGACGCCGCAGGGGACGGCGCAGGCGUCGUACCUCGCGUUCGACUGGGCGCAGUAC